AUGGCCUCGAGGCCUGGGCGAGAUUGGCCCGCGCUGGGCAAGCGCGACGACCCCACCUCGACGACGGCCGCCUCGAGCCCGACGACGACCGUCCUCACUGCAGCGACGCCCACGUCGAGCCCGCCCGGUCUCCCGUCCACCACGAUCGUGGCCCUCGGCCUGUGCUUUGUCGCGGCGGCGCUCUUCGUCGUCCUCCUCACCAUCCUCGCGCGCGUGCACCAGGUACGCCGGAUGACGCGCGCCGCCCAGGCGACCGGCGAAGACGUCGACUUUGCGCGCAUGUGGACGCAGCAGGGCGGAUGGCUAGGCUAUCUCAUGACGGCGGGCGACUCGCUCGCCGCCCACGGCAUGUGGGAGGGACAGAACCGCGCGACCAGGUACCGCAAGGUGCCGAUACCGCGUAUCUGGGAGGCGGAUGUCGCGAAGGAGCCGUCUGAAGAGGAGCUCGACUGGGACAAGGACCAGCCGCUUGCCGUUGUCGCAGCCCCGACCAAGAAGGCACCAGACGACAUUGCAGUGUCCUUCCUCGUCCGCAUGCCGUCCGAGGACCCUGAAGGCGAGAAGCGGAUAUCCCACUAUGACGACGACGACGAACCGGACCUCCCCUACCUCAUGCUCGGGACGACAUUUGUGUCGCCCAGCAGUAGCCUCACCGCGGCCGGCGUGAAGCCUGGAGCGGUCGAUGACGGCAACAAGGACGUUGUCGAGCUAGAGUAUGUCCCCCGCCGGCUACCGAUCGCGCCGCCGUACGCAGCUCGCAGCGCCUGGUCCGACGCGUUUGCACUCGAUAUCUCGGGCAUAAGGAGAUAG